UCAUGCAGUUGAGUUAGCUAACGUUAGCUAGCUAGCUCUUACAGUUAGCUACUGUUUGCAAGCUAGGUUUACUAGCUAGAUAUAACCGUUAACUAGCGUUAGCUCUUUGUAGUUGGAGCUUAUCUGAGCUUGCUGUUGUGACAGCAUCUCUGCUCCCCUCCCUCCAGUCUGGCUCAGGACAGCCAGAGCUCUGCUUCACACGAGUCCAGGAGAUAUCUCGGAGGAAAUCGACGAUGGCGCCUCCAAUUCUGCAGAACGGUGGAUUCGUUUUGGGCUUGAUCGGUGCGAUAGCCCUCAUCGCAGCUACUGCCAUGAACAACUGGAGUGUGAAGGACAGGCAGGGGGACGUGGUGACAUCUGUGUACACCUACAAGGGUCUGUGGCGGGACUGUGAGACGGCUUCGUCAGGAUUCACCGAGUGUCGUCCGCUCUAUGGCCUCCUGGGCUUCUCAGGUUCUUUCCAGGCUGUGCGAGCCCUGAUGAUAGUGGGUGUGGUGCUGGGUGUUAUCGGGGCGGUGAUAUCACUGUUCUCCCUGUCCUGCCUCACAAUGAACAGCAUGCCAGAGACCACCAAGGCCAAGAUGAGCCUCACCGCCGGCCUCAUGUUCAUCGUCGGCGGUGUGUGUGGCAUCGCAGGAGCUUCCAUCUACGCCAAUCAGAUUGUGGCCAGUUUCAGGAUGUCCACCUACAACUAUGGAGGAGGAUACAACAACAUGGAGGGAGGGAUGGGAGGAGGAAUGGGAGGAGGAAUGGGUGGAGGAAUGGGAGGAAUGCCCAGAUACACAUUUGGCCCGGCUCUGUUUGUAGCCUGGAUCGGAGGCGGCGUGCUACUGAUUGGCGGCAUCCUGAAGUCAGUGGCUUUCAAGGAAAUGGUGAAAAAUGAAAAACCAACUUACCCGGGGAUUGCUUACAAACGACAGGACCACGCCAAGAGUGAGCUGAGCGAUCACCACUCAGUUGGCGCCAAGAAAGAGCAGCAAUAUGUGUAACUUCAGCUCCGGCACUGACAGUGUGUGUGUGUUAUGGCUUGUGCUUUCAGCUGUUCACAUGCAGCAUGCUUUGAGAAAAGAUGUUUUUUAGUUGCUUCAUUUUCAUUACUAAAUCUUAACUAUCUGAUAAUGCCUCAUAUGUCUAACAGCAGCCCAAAAUGUGUAAUAAGAAAGGAAGUUGUGGCAAAAUAAGUAGUUUUAACAUCCACAUCUUCAUAUUAAGUACAAAUUUACAAUGCUGUAUGUAACUGAACUUUUUUUUACUUGUUUUGUUUGAUCAUUUUAUUUCUAUGUUAAUAAAACGGUGAUUUGUU